AUGAUAGUGAUCAGGGUGGAGGGGCGGCACGCGGAUCCGCACGGCAGCGUGGGGGUGCUCACCCAGGGCCGGCCCCCUUGGUCCCGCCGCCCUGGCCGGGACGAGGGCGGGGCAGCUGCUGGCUUUGAGCACCGAAGCCGCCGCUCCCGCCCGAGGAGCAUCGGUGCCCAACGGGGGCUGCAGGGCCGGACCCUGCGCCAGACACCUCGGGACAGGAGCCCGGUUCUUGCUGAAUCCAAUCCUGGCCGUUAUGGCUGCCUCUGGACUUGGUUUGAUGAAAUCUAUGCACUCCUGGACCUACUGCUCCAACAGCAUUAUCUGUCCAAGUGCAGUGCUUCUUUUUCUGAAAACUUCUAUAGCUUAAAGAGGACAGUGUUGGGACACAGCAAGGGGCCAUGUCGGCUGGCAAGUGCUGGACUUCCAAAGCAGCAGCACUGGAAGUCUCUCCUCCUGCUGGUCCUCAUUCCUUACCUGAAAGGGAAGUUGGAGAAACUGGUCUCCAGCUUAAGAGAAGAAGAUGAAUAUUCCAUCCACCCUCCAUCCUCUGCCUGGAAGCGCUUUUACAGGGCCUUUCUAGCAGCCUACCCAUUUGUAAACAUGGCCUGGGAGGGCUGGUUUCUCAUCCAGCAGCUCUGUUACAUCCUUGGUAAGGCUCAACACCAUUCACCGCUGCUAAGGCUGGCUGGUGUACGCCUGGUAAGAUUGACAGUGGAUGAUAUCCAGGCCUUGGAGAAGAAACUGGUUGCAGCUACUGCAAGCCACAGCAUCAAGGACCAAGUGCAUGCAGCAGUGAAGAAAGUAUUGGGAGGUGUUGCCUUCUCUCUGUCCACUGGUCUCUCUGUGGGUGUGUUCUUCCUGCAGUUUCUGGACUGGUGGUACUCAUCUGAAAAUCAGGAGACCAUCAAAUCUCUGACUGCACUCCCUACUCCUCCACCCCCCAUACACCUUGACCACGGCACAGGCUCACCUUUCUUACCAAAACUGAAGACAGUGUGUCCACUCUGCCGCAAGAUCCGAACCAAUGACACCGUCUUGUCCACAUCAGGCUUUGUGUUCUGUUACCGCUGUGUUUAUAACUAUGUAAAGAGUCACCAGAGAUGCCCGAUUACUGGCUAUGCGACAGAACUGCAGCACCUUGUCAAGCUGUAUUCCCCUGAAAGCUGAAAGGACUGCACUCUACCUCUACCUGACAUACAACUCAGGUCUUACAUAAUCUAGGCUCUCUUACACCCUGAAUAUACUCUUUGUGCCAACACAGAAGACUGUCACCGAAGGCAGGAAAAUGUACGGUGCCAGCUUAUGACUAGUAUAACUGGGCACUAUGGCACAUUUGGACUUUAAUGGCAGUAGUAGAGUUUUUGCUGCCUUGCCCAAAUUUUAACAAGCCUUGGCUUCAUCCAGUUUGAACACAUUAGAACAAGAUUGUCAGGUUCAGCUACAACUAUAUGCUGUCAUUAGGGUUACCAGUGCCUUAAACACUGAAGUUGUGAAGUUACACUAAAUAACAGGGAAUGUCCAAUUGGAUAACAAAGCAUGCAUUUAGGAAAGAUUAAAGAGACUAUCAAAAUCUGGAGGAGAUAUAAAUCUUCCUUAAAGGCAGUAAUUAGCCACUGAAGGGACUGGGACAGGAGUUUGGCGGGGGAGGAAAUCUUAGCCUCUAGAUAAACUUUAAUCUCUCAUUGCAGGGCUUCUUGAACCUUCCUUAAACUCAGGGUCUUAACCAAUUUUGGUACCCUGAGCAGACAGCAUCACGGUGUACAUAGGUGCAGGCCUAGAUACCUCUCCUUUGCUAAUUCUUCUGCUCUUAAGCUUCCUCGCAUUACCAGGCUACUCAUUUUAGAUAAAUGUUCAGAGUGCCUAUCAAC